AUGGUUUUUAAAAAAAAAAAAGAAGGGGGGAAGAUCAAAACCUCUGGGUGGGCCAUUCUGGGUACUGGCCCUGUAAUGUUAACGAGCCAUGUCUGCCCGAUUUUCAGAUCGGGAUGCGCGAUUGGAAGAGGAAGGAGGGACAGGAAGAAUGGAGGGGUUAAAACGACAACGGCAGCCAAAAAUGGCACCGGAUUGGAGGGAAUUAGGAAUUGUAAUGAUAGUCAUACGCAUAUGUUUGGUUGA